AUGGCGGCGCGUAUUUUCUCCCGCCUUCCGACCGCCCGUUCGACGGCCAGGUUCGCCUACUACGCGGCAUUCGGCAUGUCAGUCUUGGUGUUCGCGCGGAGUAACGUCCUCGAGGUCACAGGCGUCCAGGGCCAGUCGAUGGCACCGACCUUGUCGCCGCGAUACAAUGAGACGGGUGAGAUGGACGAGGUGUUUUUCAACCGCAUGGUUGCGCCACAGCUCCUUCGUCGCGGCGACAUUGUCAGCUUCUGGGCCCCGCACAAGCCGGAGCAGCUCAGCGUCAAGCGCAUCGUGGCGCUGCCCGGCGACACCGUCAUCACGAGGGGGAGAUAUCCAUUCAAAAAGGUCGUAGUGCCGUACAACCAUGUGUGGGUUGAGGGCGACAACUGGAGAAAAACGGUCGACAGCAAUGACUUUGGGCCGAUCCCGAUGGGCUUAAUCAAUGGCCGUGCCGAGUACAUCGUAUUGCCUUGGAGCCGGAUAAGAAAGGUGUCGGAUCCCAAUGUCGAGUUCAAAACGUUUUCAAAGGUCAUUCCGGCAAAAGUCCCUGCGACACUGCCGCCCGAACUUGCUGACUGA